AUGGGACGAUCAACAACCCAUUAUUCGGCUAUUAUCCGACUAGAUUGCCAGGCCCUAAGCCCUCUCGCCUCGCAGGCUCAAGGCUGGAAGGCAAGUGUGAUGUCCUGGUCGGAUUCCGACUCAGUAAUCCUUCGGGGUAAUGGGACGAUCAAUAACCCAUUACUCGGCUACUAUCCGACUAGAUUGCCAGGCCCUAAGCCCUCUCGCCUCGCAGGCUCAGGGCUGGAAGGCAAGUGUGAUGUCCAUUCGGCAACAAGACGAGAAAAAACCCUAGUACACCCCGUGGCCGGAACAAUAAUAUUAGAUUCCCUCAUAAAAAUUGUGAAAUAUGUCAACUUCUCCAACUGCUCACAAAUAUCUGACAAAGGGUUGAAAGCUCUUACACACUGGUGUCGGCAGCUUCAGGCAAUUAACAUAUCCAACUGUGAGGGCGUAAGUGGUGUUGGAUUUGAAGGGUGUUCAAAAACUCUAGCUUAUGUUGAGGCUGAGUCUUGUAAGCUAAAGCCAGAAGGGGUAUUGGGAAUUGUUAGUGGUGGAGGAAUACAGUAUCUAGAUGUUUCUUGUUUGAGUUUGUCUCUUUUGAAAGAUCCUUUAUUUGGAAUAGGCUUUGCCUCAUGCCUCAAAAUCCUUGACAUGAGGCUGUGUAGAACUGUUUCUGAUACUUCUGUUGUGGCAAUUGCCAAGGGAUGUCCACUACUUGAAGAAUGGAACUUGGCCUUAUGUCAUGAGGUGAGGCUACCUGGAUGGAGAGCUGUGGGGUCAUACUGUCAGAAUUUGAAGACACUGCUGCACGUUAAUCGAUGCUGCAAUCUCUGUGAUGAUGGCUUGCAAGCUUUGAGGGAAGGGUGUAAAAAUCUCUCCAUUCUGUACCUGAAUGGCUGUGGUCGCUUGACUUCUGUUGCCAUAGAGUUGUUCAAGUUUCACAGAACUAGUGUUUGCAUAAAGGAAAUAGAGAUACUUUGUAUAAAGCCUUACUGGGAAUUCAGUUGA